GGUUGUGGAUCGGGUUUCUACUGUGGAAAUAUGCGGCUGAUUCAGUUGCUUUGCAUCGGGUAAACAGUUGUCCGGAAUGGAGACACUUGUGAUUUGGCGUCGAUAUAAGAGUCUAGAACUACGGACGCCGGAUAGUUGAGCACUGGACACUGACCGCCGAAGAUGUACCGCCCAACAACGCUCCUGUUGAUCCUCGCAAGCGCCUGGAGUAGUUCCAUUGCCUAUUUGCCCGAUGUAAACAUAUUCACCAACUACCGCACGGAGGUCUACAAUGGCAUUCCCUCUGAGAUCGAUACUACGCCGUUCGUGCGAAUCGGGGACAACUACUACUACAUUGAGCCGAUGAACAAGGUUAACUGGUUCCAGGCGGCCGGCGCCUGCCGGAUGAUGAACGCCCACUUGGCCUCCAUCGAGGACAAGCCGGAAAUGGAGGCGCUGAUCAAGUACAUGAAGGUCAAGGGGUUCAAGAACAACGACUACUUCUGGAUCUCGGGCAACGACCUGGGCACCGAGGGCGCCUUCUACUGGAUGUCUAAUGGCCGGCCGAUGACCUAUGCCCCCUGGAAUGGCCCCAAGCAAAUGCCGGACAACUACGGUGGGAACGAGAACUGUGUCCACAUGUUCGCCACCCGGGAAAUGAUCAACGAUGCCAACUGCAAGAUCCAGAUGCUGUACGUCUGCGAGGCGACGGAGCCCAAAACAUUCAAGUUCACCUACAUUAAGUGGUAGUUUUCAAUUUGAAGGGCGGUAUACUAAAUAAAAAUGAGUAAAAAUUAAAGAAA